UCCCGGUGCGCUGGCGCACGGAAGUAUCAAGCUUCAGGAUCGAGCCUUAAUCUCAUUCUAAUAAAAAGCUCACGCAUAAAUUGACGCGCUGUUAUUAGUAUUGAAAUUUUAUUAGUUUUUUUUUCGUGAUGUUUUGAGGAAACUCGCUGUGAGGUUGUACCUUUGUUGAUUAUGUCGGACACGUGCUGUUUAUGGUUAUUUUUAUUGUUGCAUUAUGACAUUAAUACUGUGAAGUUUUGUGUGAAGGGUUGUUUUCUUUAUUGAGAUAUCAUUAGGACUUGGACGUUCGUGUUGUGUGGUCGUGUUUUACUUACGUAUUAUUGACAAUGGAUUGAUUUGAUCGUGUGUUUAGUGAUCGAUUUAUUUUUGAAUUAUUUCAUUCUUCAAUCAAAAUGUUCUUAAGAUUCGAACCAACAAAGUCUACAAAAGGCGCAAGUAAGAUGCGCAGAGAUCUGAUCAAUGCAGAGAUCUCUAACCUCCGCGACCUGCUGCCGCUCCCUCCUUCCACCAGGCAGAGGCUCUCGCAGCUCCAACUCAUGGCACUCGUCUGCGUAUAUGUGAGGAAAAUGAACUAUUUCCAACAGGUGUUUAAAAGUCACGAUUUUAGCUAUCAGUAUCAAGAACAAGCGACACCCACACCUAAUAUCGGAUUUUCAAAGGCGAUAAACGGAUUUAUGAUGAUGAUGACACAGAAUGGUAAACUAUUGUACAUAUCGGAAAACGCUGCUGAGUAUUUGGGACAUUCAAUGGAAGAUUUGUUAAUCCACGGCGACAGUGUAUACGAUAUAAUAGAUAGACAAGACCAUCAAACAGUUCAAAUGGAGCUUAACAGGGGUGGAAACGGAGAGACUGAAAAUGUACCAAAGAAUAGACAUUUUUUCUGCAGAAUGAACGUGUCAAGAAAUGCACGCAGACAAAUGAGGUUCGGCGAUCAAAAAGUGGUGUUGGUGCGUGGUCACUACGUCUCAUACCUGCCGCUAUGCAGCCGCAACGAGCCGGUGUUCCUGGCGCUGUGCACGCCGCUCGCCAUGCCCGAGACGCGCGAGUGCGUCGUGCACGGCGCUACCAACGUUUUCACCACCGUACACGCCAUGGACAUGAAGAUACUGCACAUUGAUGCAAAUGGCGAAUGGUAUUUGGGUUGGAAGAAAUCAGAAUUAACAGAUGUAUCAUGGUAUCAGUUAAUGCAUUGGGAUAGUUUACGAGAAGCACAAAACAAACAUAGAUUAAUAACGCAAUCGGAGCAGGACAAAUGUUGUAUACUAUUAGUGAAAUUGCAGCAACGCAGCGGUCAAUUUCUAUGGGUACACGUCGUGCUACAAGUGAAGGAUGCGGCUGACACGCCGAGACAGUUUAUCGUCGCCACAAACCAAAUAUUAAGUGAAGAAGAAGCAUCAAUAAUGCUCGCAAAUUCCUGGCUUUACCAAUACUACGGGUACCAGAACCAACCUUGUGGCAUGUUAGACCCGCGGUGUCAGAAGUUCUUCAGACGAGACCAGUGCUACCCCGACUACCAAGAGUACCCGUACAUCGAGAACCAGGAGGUAGAGUACCCGGGGUACCACGUGUCGUCGUAUGUUCACAAAGUGGAUGAAUAUGGAUGUGAGAGAGUAUAUACGGAUAGAGGACCUGUUGAUUACUCCACGCAUUCACCUCAGUCGACUAUUAGUGAAGAAAGAUCUCCACAUCAUUACGAUCCAUCUCCGGAUAUAAUAGUGAACAGCAACAUGUAUAUGUACCCUCAGCAUGGGAAGAGGGAGUACUACGAACAGUAUCCUAGAACUAAUUACCAUAUGCCGGAACCGUGCACUAGUACUGUUGUCGAUGGUAUGGAGUACCCAAGCCCUAAACGCAUGAGGAUAGCUCCACCACCCCUCACCCUGGAGGAUGAUGGCAUGGAUCGGUGGAAUCCCAGCCCACCAUGGUCAGACACCACCCUCAAACUCCCAGACUAUGGCCAAAGGUUCACGUACAACCACAUAGUACCCAUGCCGCCGGGAGAACGAGCUAUGGUCACCUAAUUACGUACAAAUUUUUAAGUUUAGUACGGCUAUAGCCGAAUCACAAAUUAAUGUAAGGGAAUUAAAUCCGUCCAAAUUAGUUUUAAGAUUCAGUCCCGAUUAUUGGGGAUUUCUUUCUAUAUUGUGUAUGGAAAAACAAUAUGAUUUAAUGGCAACCGUCUAGAGGAGCUGACGCAUUUUAUGUAUACUUAAAGGUAUCGUAAUAUAUUUAUACGGCCGUGUAAAAAAACAGUGGAUAUUUUUGUAAUUAUUUGUUUGUCAUAUAAAAAAAAUUUAAAGGCAAAAUGUGCAUGACGCACUAUCGAGUGCUUUAACUACAAAAAAUGUUACAGAUAUAAACUAUAUUUUAUAUAAAAAAAACCGUUAAUAUUGUUAUUCUUACCUUUCACUAUGAAUCACAACUUUAAAAAAUUAUUCCGUUACUAAAAUAACAAAACAUGAUACUACCGAAUUAUGUUUAAGAUUUUUUCUUCCUAUUUAAAUGCAUUUAUUUAUUUCGCUAUUAGUUCCCGUUUAUAACAGUGUUAUAAGUAAGAAAAUUAACAGUAUUUUAUUUUUUAAGUUUUAUAUUAAGUUUACAUUUAUUCAAAAAUAUUUUACAAUCGAUUUCGAAAAUGGACUCUAAUAUUAUGUUUUAAGUAUCCACUAUAUUGUUGUGUAUAUAAAUUUGUUAAGUUAGCAAAAAUAAGAACUGUACCGUCCAAAUAAUUGUGCAUUCCAAAGGAACAAGCAGUUUAUAAUACACUUCUGUAAAUAUUUACUUUAAGAAUAUCUUAGUGGCAUUGAUGUACAUAAUAAUUAUAUACUUUAAGUUAUGUAAAAACAAAUUUAAAAAUCAAUGAAAUAAAUAAA